UUUCACAAAAUAUUUUCUGGCACUGGUGCUUGGACAAAAAUAUUCCAAGGUGAAGUAAUUCGGUUUUUAAAAACAGCUACAUAAUAUAACGGCCCAAUUGGAACAAAACAACAACACAUAGGCAGGGCGGCGCAGGGGUGUUAAGGCUGCUUUAGUCACACACAGCUGCGGGAUGAGUGCGAAAAGCAAACGCCCUGGCACUGGCACCAGCCAGACGCUGAAUGAAUGUGUGCAGGUGGUGGUGAGAUGUCGGCCAAUGAGCAAUCGCGAGCGCACCGAAGGUUCACCCGAGGUCGUAAAUGUUUAUCCUAAUCGCGGCGUUGUUGAGCUACAGAAUCUGGUUGAUGCAAACAAGGAGCAGCGCAAGGUGUUCACGUACGAUGCUGCUUACGAUGCCAGCGCGUCGCAGACGAUGCUUUACCAUGAAGUGGUCUUUCCUUUGGUCAGUUCUGUGCUGGAGGGGUUCAACGGCUGCAUAUUUGCGUAUGGGCAGACUGGAACCGGCAAAACCUUUACCAUGGAAGGUGCUCGAGGAAAUGAGGAUCUAAUGGGCAUUAUACCGCGUACAUUUGAACAAAUUUGGUUGCACAUCAAUCGGACCGAGAACUUUCAAUUUCUGGUAGACGUUUCCUAUUUGGAGAUCUACAUGGAGGAAUUGCGAGAUCUACUAAAGCCCAAUUCGAAACAUCUCGAGGUGCGUGAACGUGGAUCGGGUGUAUAUGUACCAAAUUUGCAUGCGAUUAACUGCAAGAGUGUUGACGAUAUGGUGCACGUAAUGCAGAUAGGAAACAAAAAUCGUACGGUCGGUUUCACCAACAUGAAUGAGCACAGUUCUCGUUCGCAUGCGAUUUUCAUGAUAAAAAUCGAGAUGUGCGAUACGGAGACAAAUACUAUCAAAGUCGGAAAAUUGAAUCUUAUUGAUCUUGCGGGCAGUGAGCGGCAGUCGAAAACUGGCGCUUCAGCUGAGCGCCUAAAGGAGGCUAGCAAAAUCAACUUGGCGCUCUCGUCCUUGGGCAACGUCAUUUCGGCCUUGGCUGAGAACUCGCCGCAUGUCCCAUAUCGUGAUUCAAAAUUGACGCGCUUGCUGCAGGACUCUUUGGGUGGAAAUUCCAAGACCAUUAUGAUUGCAAAUAUUGGACCUUCAGCAUACAACUACAACGAAACGCUGACGACCUUGCGUUAUGCCUCACGGGCCAAGUCCAUACAGAAUCAGCCUAUAAAGAACGAGGAUCCGCAGGAUGCCAAACUAAAGGAAUAUCAAGAAGAAAUCGAACGCUUAAAACGACUUAUUGCACCGCAGCAGCAACAGCGAAACGAAAAACUAGCGGCGGCAAAGAAACGCACAAAGAAGCCCAAAAAGGAGUUAACGAAUCGUGAGAUUGCCGACAGCGAUGCACACUUACCUGUGCAAAGGGAACUCACACAAGAGGAAAGUGAACCAGAGGAAGAGUCGGAUAAGGAAAAUGAAGCUGAGGUAGCCAAGUCCAAUGAGGAACUAGAGCGCGAACGAGUAGAGAACGCAAAACUGGCGGCAAAACUAGCCGAAUUGGAGAGUCAAUUGGUUCGAGGUGGAAAAAACUUGCUGGAUACAUAUAGCGAAAGACAAAUUGAAUUGGAGAAAAAAUUGGUGGAAAUUGCGGAGCGAAAAAAACGUGAAAUCGAGAUUCAGCAACAACUCGAACUUCAGGAGGAAACCACACUUGAAAUACGCGAAACUGUUACCUCGCUCGCCGGCACAGUUGAAUUAAUGAAGCGCAAGCUGUCAAAAUGCUGGUCGAAGUAUCUAUCAUUGCAGCAGGAACUCAAUGAUUGCAAACACGAUCAUAAUCAGGACCUACGGGAAUUAGAAAUGGCCCAGAAUGAGCUUAUCAAGGAGCUUAAGCGCCAGCUUCUUAUUAUUGAUAAUUUUGUGCCUAUUUCGGUUAAGCAACGACUUUACACUCAGGCCAAAUAUGAUGAAGAGCAAGAAGAAUGGAAAUUUUCAUCUUUACCAUUGUCCAGCGAUGGCAAGUUUAGCAACAAACGUCCAGUAUCGCAUCCACAGCGACGUCGACCGACCUCGGAAUAUGCGCUUCAGGAGGCCAAAUCGAAUGGGCCGAGCGCAUUGCGAUUUAAGAGCGAAAACAUUGUAAGCUACGAAUUGGAAAUGCCAUGCCGCACCACACAGGAAUAUCGUUCACCCAAAGUGUCCGCCUCACUACAGGCUGUCUUGGCGCAGGCCAUGCAUACUGGUGAUGAUAUCGAUAUCGUAGAUUCGCAUACGAACUCACUUCGCAAUCGUCUCGAAAACAUCAUCAAUGCUAAUGCUAAUGCAGCAGCCGUGUCUGCUGUUGGUACUGCAGCAACUGCUAUGAGCGGCACCGGCAUUGGCGUUGCCGCCCCCCUUGUGCGUAACAUUAAGUCCAGUCGGGGCGUGUUGCCUAGCCCCGGUUCGGCCCUUGAUUCGAAUCGGCGUCCACCUACAGGACGAGCGCAGCCUAAGAAGCCAGCAUCAGCCUAUCCGAAAGCUCGUGGUCUGGUAAACAAAUGAUCAUCAAGCUGUAAUAAUUCACUCGCAUUGGACCUUAAACUCAUCACACAACACUAACCAAAGUACUUACAUAUAGUCACAGUAUUUGCAUGCAUAUGAUCAAGUUAUGUAUUAUUAUGAUUACAAUUAUAUUAUAUCAAUAUAUA